AUGAGUGUCGACGCGUAUGGACCCAGUAGCCAGACCCUCACGUUCCUGGACACCGAGGAGACUGAUCUCAUCGGUGCUGAUACCCAGGGAAGUGAAUUUGACUUCACUGAUUUUACAUUGCCAUCACCAAGUCAGACUCAGGCGUCACAGCAUGAUCAUGGACAGAGUCAGCAGAGCCAACCAGUGCAGAUCAAUGGAACGAACGGCAGUUCAGCCCUUGAUCUCAAGAUAUCUGGGGCAGCUCAAAAUCUAGCAGAGCUGCAGUUUGAAGAAGAAGAAGAGGAGGCCUUCUACAAUCGUGAUUUGCCAGAGCAUGCAUGCAAGUACUGCGGAAUUCACGAGGCAUCGUGUGUCGUGAUGUGCAACGUCUGUAGAAAAUGGUUUUGUAAUGGCAGGGGAAACACCUCAGGCUCGCAUAUCAUCAACCACUUGGUCAGGGCCAAGCACAAGGAAGUCACCCUGCACAGAGAUGGACCUCUGGGUGAAACAGUACUUGAGUGCUACUCCUGUGCUGUUAGGAAUGUCUUCGUGCUUGGAUUUAUUCCUGCCAAAGCUGAUUCAGUCGUUGUCCUGCUGUGCAGACAACCCUGCGCUGCUCAAAGCUCCUUGAAGGACAUGAACUGGGAUCAAGAGCAAUGGAAACCCCUCAUUGAAGAUCGGAGUUUCCUCGCCUGGUUGGUGAAAAUCCCCUCCGAGCAAGAACAACUGCGAGCCCGUCAGAUAUCUGCCCAGCAGAUAAACAAGCUUGAGGAGCUCUGGCGUGAUAAUGUCGACGCGACCUUCCAGGAUCUCGAGAAGCCAGGAGUGGAUGAAGAGCCCCAGCAAGUGCUGCUACGCUACGAGGAUGGCUACCAGUACCAAAACAUCUUUGGACCUCUAGUGAAGCUCGAGGCAGAUUACGACAAACGUCUCAAGGAGUCCCAGACCCAGGAGAACAUCGAGGUUCGUUGGGAUGUGGGUCUCAACAAGAAGACAAUUGCCUACUUCAUGCUGGCGAAAACCGAUGGAGACAUGAAGCUGAUGCACGGUGAUGAGCUUCGAUUGCGCUAUCUUGGUGAGCUUCACAAGCCCUGGUCUGGCAUUGGACAUGUCAUCAAGAUACCAGACAACUACGGUGAGGAAGUUGGCAUUGAAUUGAAGAAUAAUUCAGGAGCCCCGACGGAGUGCACUUGUAAUUUUGUCGUGGACUUCAUCUGGAAGAGCACGAGCUUUGACAGAAUGCAACUGGCCCUCAGAAAAUUCGCUGUGGAUGACUCAUCAGUCUCAGCAUACAUCUACCACCGUCUGUUGGGGCACGAGGUGGAAGAGGUUCUCUUCCGCUGUCACCUCCCGAAGCAUUUCAGUGCUCCAAACCUCCCGGACCUCAACCGUUCCCAAGUGUACGCCGUAAAGCAUGCAGUACAACGUCCCUUGUCCCUGAUCCAGGGUCCUCCGGGUACAGGUAAAACCGUCACGAGUGCAACGAUUGUUUACCAACUGGUGAAGCAGAACGGAGGUCCCGUUCUGGUGUGCGCCCCAUCGAAUACAGCUGUGGAUCAGUUGACCGAAAAAAUUCACAAGUCAAACCUCAAAGUGGUGCGUCUCUGUGCCAAGUCUCGAGAGGCUAUUGAUUCCCCGGUGAGCUUCUUAGCCCUCCACAAUCAGAUCAAGAACAUGGAAACAAACACUGAACUUCAAAAGCUCCAGCAGCUGAAGGAUGAGACCGGAGAGCUCUCCUCAGCAGACGAGAAACGUUACAGAUUACUCAAGAAAGCUGCUGAGAAGGAACUCUUGGAGGCAGCUGACGUGAUCUGCUGCACGUGUGUGGGAGCUGGUGAUCCCCGACUUCAGCGGCUCAAGUUCCAUUCGAUUCUUAUUGACGAGAGUAUGCAGGCAACCGAGCCCGAGUGCAUGGUGCCAGUGGUCCUGGGGGCCAAACAAUUGAUCUUGGUUGGAGAUCACUGUCAGCUGGGACCUGUGGUCAUGUGUAAAAAAGCAGCAAGAGCUGGUCUAUCUCAAUCCCUCUUUGAACGCCUGGUAGUGCUGGGUAUAAGACCCUUCAGGCUCGAAGUUCAGUACAGAAUGCACCCAGAUUUAUCCCGAUUCCCCUCGAAUUUCUUCUAUGAAGGAUCACUGCAGAACGGUGUCUGCGCCGAUGAGAGAAAGCUCGUGAAGAUUGACUUCCCCUGGCCAGUGCCAGACAAGCCUAUGUUCUUCUACGUCACUCAGGGACAGGAGGAAAUAGCUGGAAGUGGUACCUCAUACCUGAACAGAACUGAGGCAUCGAAUGUCGAGAAGAUUACCACAAGAUUCCUGCGCUGUGGAGUCAAACCAGAGCAAAUCGGUGUCAUCACUCCUUACGAAGGACAACGUGCCUAUCUCGUCCAGUACAUGCAGUACCAAGGCUCCCUGCACUCGAAACUCUAUCAGGAAAUCGAAGUUGCGAGUGUCGAUGCCUUCCAGGGACGUGAGAAGGACAUAAUCAUCAUGUCAUGUGUAAGGUCCAACGAACACCAGGGAAUUGGGUUUUUGAACGACCCUAGAAGAUUGAAUGUAGCUCUGACUCGGGCCAAGUACGGUAUCAUAAUUGUGGGAAAUCCCAAGGUUCUCUCUAAACAACCACUGUGGAAUCAUCUACUGAGUUUCUACAAGGAGCAGAAGGUCCUGGUUGAGGGACCCCUGAAUAACCUGAAAGAAUCGAUGAUUCAGUUUGCUAAACCCAAGAAACUGAUAAAUUCAGCAAACCCAGGAUCCCACUUUAUGUCUACGUCUAUGUAUGACGCCAGAGAGGCAUUGAUACCAGGUUCGGUUUAUGAUAGGUCUGGUGGCCAGAUGAAUGGCAAUCCGGCUCACAAACCUUACUACCAGAGGAAUAUACCUCUAGACAUGUUCAGUAGAACCCAUGACACCAUUAGCUACAUCAGUCCUGAACGAGCCCAGGCUGCCAUGAAUAAUGUCCCAGUGCCUGUGGGGAUGUUCAUGAAUAUGGCGCAUGUGCCACCCAGGUUUUAUAAUCAACAUCAGCAGGCCCUGCAGGCACGUCAGAACCAGAGAAAUCGUCGUACUCCUGGGGGAAUGAAAGGCAAGGGUCCCAGAAUGGGUAAAUUGAGUCAGAAUGAUCAGAACACUCAGCCCUACAGUCAGCCAGGGCUACCACUGACCCAGGGAACCACACAGGGUAUGUCUCAGCCUGGAUUCAGUCUGUCACAACCUGGUUUGAGUCAAGCUGAACUGUCACAGGAUUCAUUUGCUGUUGGAGACUUUCAGUCACAGAUGGAUGGACUCCUCUCUCAGGACUCUACUUAUCAAGGGGACAGAAGUGGUUUCUAUCAGGGACAGUCACAGCCAGGUGGACAGUUUUCCCAGCCAUACUGAGCCGCUCAGGUGCGGCUGGUCAACGCAUUCGCCAUGCAUUGUCGCGGGAAGCGACUGAGAAGGCUCGUACGACAAACUUCUUCUUUGAGACAAUUUAAAAAAAAUAUUACAGACAUUACAAACAUCGAGAGUAUUAUUAUACCAACGGAGAGAGAUCGAUGAUGCGAGAAACGGUGGCUCCAGGGAAUGAUGAGACGAGAUGAUACGUUCUACGUAGAUGAUGAUUACAGAGGUCUGACCUGGUGGAGUCGCUACCGUUUGCAAGCGAGGGCAUUGGUAGAGAAAGACGGAUGAAGAUCUUGACGGACACCUGAGGUUCGAGAGGUUCAUCUUGGGAGGCUUGACUUCAUGCAUUGGAAUGCAAGUGAUGAGAGAAUCGUUGGUGGGAAACGAUUGGAGGGAUCUCGAGGGUGAGGAUCUUGGUGGGUCGUUGGACACUGCCAGGCACCCUUUCGAUUACAAUUACGAUUUUUCUUUCAUUAUUUCAUUAUUGAAACAAUUCGACCGAGGCGAUGGCGUCCACUAACUCUUGGGGUUGUUAUCUGUGGUUAUCGUUCACUUCAACUGGAGAAAUGUUACUUCAUGUGAUUUUUUAUUUCCGUUAUUUCGUUAAUUAUGGUAGGGGGAGGGCGUUUUUCUCGUGAAGACUUUUUUCGUUUCAGAAUUCUUGGGGGGGGAGAUGCCUCAACUGAGAGGAAGACAGAGGAACAGGUUUUUAUGGUUUUAUCAGAAAGUUGGGUUAUCUAAGUUCUUUAUUGAAUUUUCGGGGGGUUUGAGUGGGGCACUCUCUCAUACCCUGAUACCAAUAGCUUCCGAACGAAAUUCAUGGUAUGGAGACUCAUGUCUUCAGUUCACGGGUUACAACAUGCAAAGAGUAGAGUUGUAAGCUAGAGUAAUACAAGGUAAAAUUUAUUUUUUUUCCAUUUUUUUUUGCUGAAUGAUUAUUUUGAUUUUCUGUUUCAAUUCCUGUAAUGAUUGACAGAACAGAACAGCACACUUCUAAUCGCAAAUUUAUUAUUAACAGAAAAGAAAUAAAGUCACUGUACAAUUUGGUGGUAUCAAUAAAUUCGAUGUGGAAAAUGAGA